AUGAAGGAGAAUAAGGACUGCGAGAUACUCGAGCUCAAAAAACAAGUACGUUUUCUUCCUUCGCCUGACCAUUGUAUUGCUCUUGUUCAGGUUCUCGCUCUCCAACAGAAAUGUAAUGCGAAAAACGAGACUAUUGUCAGGUUGGGCCAGGAUUUAGAAUCAUCUGACAAUGAGAAAAAAGAACUCAAAGCGAGAGUUGGAACAUUGGAACGAAACUUGGAACGAUCGGAAAGAGAAUUACAGCUUGUUUGUGCGGUCAGUCUUUUUUCGGCGUACGUUUUCAAUGAAAAUAUGUUUUCUAGUGCCAAAAUGACAUGAAAAUCAAGUUCGGACAAGAACGGCAAGACUUGAUGGAAGAUAUCAAUAAAUUCAGAAAAGAAAACCAACGUUUGCAAACUGAUCGCAAAGAGCUAAUGGAUGAAAAGUCGGAUUUGAAAAAAGACUGUAAAACUUUCCGUCAAACUAUUGCGCAAUACGAGGUACCAAGUUUGUACGCUAAUUUUUUCUAUACGAACAGUAAAUUUCAGGUGGAGAAAAUGGGAGGCACAAUAAAGAGUAGUUUUUCGAACGACGAAGACGAGAUUCAGAAACUGGGUGUUCACGAAAAGUUGCAAUCUCGGGUAUGCUCACUUAGUUUUCAAUUUUUUUCUCUCAAAUAUUGUCUUUGCAGUGCAAGGAGCUUGAAUCAGAUCUGCGUUCUCUUCUCGGAAUCAAAGAGGAACUUUUGCUCGAACGAGAUGAAAUGCAACGAAAAGUGGCGAGAUUGAGCAAUGAGCUCAGUUACUUGCUGAAUGGAGAUCCUCGUCGAGUAAGGGUUACCUGGAAUUAUAAUUAACUAGUACUUUGAGGUGGCCGAAGAUUUGGACAGUUUGUGUGCCGAAAAUCGGUUUUUGAAAGCAAAACUGAAUACGGCGGAAGAAGAGAGCGAGUCCAUAAAAAUGACGCUGGCCAAGUACAAGCAAAUGGCCGAAUCUGUAAAUAUCCAGGUAUAUCCCUGUUCUUAUUUUUUUUCUUGACUUCCUGUUUCAGUCAUGUCCGAGUCGGUCUCCAAAAGCCGGUGAAAGCGAAGAGGCGCCAAGUGUGGCAGUCAUUAACAUGAAACAAAGUGAGUUCCGUUUCGCCCGAUGUACUUUGCACCAUUUCAUUUCAGUUCGUGAGUUGCUGGCUUCUCAUGCAAUCGAACUGGAUGAGUCCGAUUACCGAGCGAUAACGACUAUUUUGCUGGACUUGUGCAACGAUAAGCAAAUGGCGUUGGCACAUUCCCGUCGUGCAAACAAGUCAGCGUUGCCUUUCAAUGUCACCGAAAUAACUUUUUCGUUUAGGGUUUUGGGAAUGCGACUACAUGAGGUUGAAUCGAAAUUGGCAGUUUUGGAUGUAAAGUCGAGAAGUUCAAGUCCAAGACAUGACGCUGACGUGGAGUUGGUUGUUCCGGAAAUGACGAAAUAA